AUGAAGAUGGGCGGCUCUGUACAAAUUCCAUCACUUAUAGUAUACAACAAGAUGCUCAAAUCUCUCGCCGAGUCUAAAAGCUUCACCAAAGUCUUGACUCUGUUCGCUGAAUUGCGACGAAACGCCUUAUAUCCUGAUAAUUUCACCUUACCUGUCGUUCUCAAAUCAAUUGGACGCUUGAGGAACGUUACAGAUGGUGAGAAACUCCAUGGCUACGCUCUGAAAUAUGGGCUUAACCUCGAUCCUUACGUGUGUAUGGGUAUGUACGCUGCAUUGGGUAAGAUGGAGAUCACACACAAGGUGUUCGACGAAAUGCCUGAACGAGAUGUCGUUUCUUGGAACACGGGAGAUAAGGCUAGAGCUGUUUUCGAUUCGAUGAGAAGCAAAAAUGUUAACUGUUGGACUAGUAUGGUCUCUGGGUAUGUUAGUAAUGGUAGGAUUGAUGAGGGUAGAGAGUUGUUUGAGAGAAGUCCUGUGAAAGAUGUUGUUCUUUGGACAGCUAUGAUCAAUGGGUAUGUUCAGUUUAACCGGUUUGAUGAAGCGUUGGAACUGUUCAGGUGCAUGCAGACCCAAGGUAUUAGACCUGAUAACUUUGUCCUUGUCUCUCUUUUGAAUGGCUGUGCGCAGACGGGAGCUUUAGAGCAAGGGAAGUGGAUCCAUGGGUACAUAUAUGAGAACGGAGUUAGAGUAGAUAAAGUAGUUGGUACGUCCCUUGUAGACAUGUACGCAAAAUGUGGGUGCAUAGAGACUGCCCUGGAGGUUUUCUAUGAAACAAAAGAGAGAGACACUGCUUCUUGGACAUCGCUUAUCUACGGUCUUGCCAUGAACGGGAUGUCAAGGAGAGCGAUGGACUUGUACUACGAGAUGGAAAACAUUGGUGUUAGAUUAGAUGAUAUAACAUUUGUCGCGGUUCUAACAGCUUGUAAUCAAAGUGGAUUUGUAGGAGAAGGACGUAGAGUUUUCUAUUCGAUGAUCCAGCCUAAAUCAGAGCACUAUAGCUGUAUGCUUGACCUACUAUGCAGAGCUGGUUGUUUAGAUGAAGCAGAUGAGUUGAUAGAUAAGAUGAGAAAUGAAAGCGAUGAGACUUUAGUUCCUGUCUACUGUUCUUUGCUAAGCGCUGCUCGGAACUAUGGGAAUGUAGAGUUAGCUGAACGGGUAGCGAAGAAGCUGGAGAAAGUGGAAGUUAGUGAUUCAAGCGCUCAUACUCUGCUGGCAAGUGUAUACGCAUCUGCCAAUAGAUGGGAAGAUGUGACCAAUGUGAGAAGGAAAAUUAAAGUUUGGGAAUCAGAAAGUUUCCUGGUCGUAGCUCUGUUGGAGAUUGAUGGGGUUCCUCAUGAAUUCAUUGUUGGAGAUACAUCAUCUCGCCCAAAAAUGGAUGAGAUUAACACAAUGCUGCAUCAAACUACAAAUUGGAUGUUGAGUUUGGAACAUGCAGUCGUUGAAAGUUGCACUUUCUUGUGUUAG